AUUUGCCGUAAGUCCGUAUACAGGUUAUGGUAUGGAGAAACUGGCGAACCAAAAUCAAGUAUCCGAAAGCUAUGUCCAUGUGCCCGGACAGACCCCCUUCAGUCAUGCCUCUUUCCCUGACCAAUUGGACGGGCAGGCACAGAAACACCCGGACCGCGAAGCUUUAGUUUUCUGGGAAACUGCCGCCAGAAGACGAUCGUUGUCAUUUGGGCAGUGGCGCGAGAAAUCGCUACACCUGGCGGCGGUGUUCUUGCGGCUUUCAAUACGGUCACAGGAGCGCCGUGCCCUCCUGGUUGCUCCUAACUCUCUGGACUAUGUUGUCGUCGUGAUGGCUCUGGCACGAUUAGGCGUUAACGUCAUUCUACUGAAGUAUGGUACCACUUCGCAGGAGAUUGAUGAAACCAUGAAAAAAUAUCGCUGCAACGCGUUGAUCUAUCAACUAAGCGCUGGCCAAGAAGACCCGUAUCAAUUGCGUCAGGAUUCAACAGACCCUGCGUCACACGAGCAGCACGUGAUCUUCAUCACCCUAGGUGACGUCACAAGCAGCAGCCACGAAGUGCACCGCUACUGUGACCUCACGCGGUGUGAGGUGAGUGAGGAGGAGAAGGCAAGGGUACUGGCGCUCCAAACCGAGAUUCAGAUGGAAGAUGCUCUGCUGGCAUUCAUGACGUCAGGGAGCACGGGGAAUCCUAAAGCGGUCCAGGCCAAUCACUUCCAGUUUGUACAGGCAACUCUAACAGCGUACGCUGCUCACAGACUGACAGACAGUAGUAGGUCAGUGUAGCCAAAACUGAAGUCUAUAUAGUAAAAAGACGCUUAUUUUACAAUACUAAAAUCUUAAGCAAGUGUCCAUGGGGAAAAGAAAAUUAAAACCAUAGUUUGUUAAAAAAGAAAAAAAAAAUUGCGAAGAACUCCUUUGAGUCG